AAUUGAAAUAGAUAGUCGUCUUGUGCUUUUCAUUUAUCGACCUCAAGACUCCCAGUGGGCUGUCACUCUCAAUCGAUCAGUACAUACCUGGUGGAAGCAGGAAGAUAUAUUAAUCGGUCAUUCACUUUGAUAAGUUUGCUUCCUCCACUAACAAAAUCAUCAUAUCUUCUUAUUCCCUCCUCUUCCACACGGCAUGCAGCUUCUGUUUCUCUUCCUAGAGCCACAGAGCUAGUUUGGAUCCGAAGAUAGCUGGCAUAGCAUGCCUGCUUGUUGCUGCUUCCGCGGCCGCGCUAAUCCCAGCAAGAAACACCUCAGCUACUCCCCUUCCGUUCCCGCAUCGUCAUCGGAGCCGGAGACGAAAAAGAAGAAGAAGUUCAAGGUGUUUACGUACAGGGAGCUGCGUUGGGCGACCAACAACUUCCACCGGAGCAACAAGAUCGGCCAGGGCGGCUUCGGCGCCGUCUACAAGGGCACACUCCGCGACGGAUCCGACGUGGCCGUCAAGGUGCUCUCCGCCAGCUCCCGCCAGGGGAUCAAGGAGUUCCUCACCGAGAUCCACGUCAUCGCCGACGUGGACCACCCCAACCUCGUGGACCUCCUCGGCUGCUGCGCCCACGGCGACCGCCACCGCAUCCUCGUCUACGACCUCCUCCCCAACGGCAGCCUCCACCGCGCCCUCCUCUCGAGCACGGCGGCCAACGGCUCCUCCCGUAGGCUGCCGGCGGCGAUGACGUGGCGCGUCCGACGUGGCGCGUGCGUCGGCGUUGCGCGCGGGCUGGCGUUCCUGCACGAGGAGCUCGGCGUGGUGCACCGCGACAUCAAGGCCAGCAACGUGCUUCUCGACGCCGACUGGGCGCCCAAGAUCGGCGACUUCGGGCUCGCGAGGCUCUUCCCCGACAACGUCACCCACGUCAGCACACGCGUGGCGGGCACCACGGGUUACCUGGCGCCCGAGUACGCGUGGCACGGCCAGCUCACCAAGAAGGCCGACGUGUACAGCUUCGGCGUGCUCGUGCUGGAGAUCGUCACCGGGAAGAGCAGCUCAAGAAGUCUCCACCAUAAUUGCCUCUACAACGACGACGAUGAGAAGGUGCUGGUUGAGAGGGUGUGGGAGACAUUUGAGACCGGCAAGCUUGGUGACAUCAUCGACCCGGCUCUCGUGUUUCUGCCGGAGACGAAGGAGAAGGAGGAGGCCGUGAGGUACAUGAAGGUUGCGCUGCUUUGCACGCAGGCGGCGCCGCUUCGUCGGCCGGCGAUGCCGCAGGUGGUCGAGAUGCUGGAGAGAGGGGAUGUGAGGAUCAGGGAGACGGAGAUGACGCCGCCAGGGUACGUGGUCAAGUCUCAUCAUCGUCAGGACGGGUCGGACAAGAAACAUUCUUCCGUUUCGUCCAUGCUUGUUAAUGUUUCGCAUAGUACUGUCACUGAGAUUGCGCCAAGGUGAUCGGACUUUCAUUUAAUUACGAGUACUGUAUACUGGCAUCAUUCAUUCAUGAGUAUCGAUAAGAGCGAGCAAGCAAUUCCAGCAAAUGCUUAAGCAAA